AUGAGCACUAACUCGCCCGGCCUACAAGUUUUUCACCAAUUUUACAGAGUUCAACCGAAAUACCCACGUAUCAAAGGACCAAAGGAUCGAUGCAAGUAUACUGGAGCAAUGGAGAAAAUCAUAUUUGGUGGCAUUGAUUCGAACAGUGUCCAUUUUGAGAAGGAUGUCGAAAAAGUCUUUGAGAAAUGGACGACACUAGAAGUGGUUUGUGAGCGAGACCUGAAUAUCUCGAGCGGACCAUAUUAUGCCCACAAAGGUCUUUUACACUCUGUAUCAAAAGUCUACCCUGACUGCCAGCUUGCAUUUGUGCAAGCUACAUGUUCCUCUUCGGAAAGGAUAGGUGAAUUUAUUCAGACUACAGCCGCUGGAAAUGCGUAUCGAGCACAUGGAAUUGCUAUUCCUGCGAGGUCUUAUUCUAUUAUGUCAUUCCCCUUACCUAUACACGAGGGUCCCGGCAGCGUCCUGAAAGGGGUACUCAUACAACGCUUGGAAACCGUGCAUAUUUUGAAACCUAUCCCAUUCAACAGGAUACUGCAGAUGUGCAGUAGUGGGGGUGCUGCUGCAAUUGCCGCUUACGACUGGAUUGAUUUAUCAAUCUGUAGUGACACUACUGGAAGUGUUCGAAUUCCCGCCUUUCAAACUGGAAUCUUUGGCUUUCGUCCUUCAACUGAUUCGAUAUCAAGCAAUGGUUUAGUCAAGGCAUGGGCAGAUGUGGACACGCCCGGCUGGAUUGGAAGAGAUGAGGUAUUUCCCGACGUCUUUCGGGCAUUACACCCUUCAGUUGAACAAGACGGCCGCACACCUAUAAGUGAAGACACUCUCGAAAUUUUAUAUCCAACCGACUUUAUGUGCGAGGAUGAUGCUGAGCAGCAUCAGGCCAUGAAAAGCUUCCUCAGUGAUGUUAGCAAAGCGACCAGAUGUUCGUAUCGAUCCAUCUCUAUCCGAGAAGAUUGGCAGAAAACAACACCCAUUGAGGAGAAAGAUUUACAUCGGUAUCUUUACAAUCUCAUGCACCAUGGGUGGUAUUAUGCAGCUUACCACUCUUUUGACAAAUUUCGACACGAAUAUGAGGAACGGCAUAGUCAUGGUCCCUUCGUGACAGAUGUUGUAAGGUGGUACUGGGCUUUGGGCAGCCAGGUUAGCCUGGAACAGCAUACAGAGAUGAUGAAACGAAUCUCCGUCUUUCGGUCAUGGUUCCUCGAGCAUUAUUCAUCACCUCAAAUGCUCAUGGCAAUUCAUAUUGACUCCAUAAAAUCAAGAUACCGUGAUGAAUAUCCUGGUAACAACAACACAGAGGUGCCAGGACUUCGGCCAACAGAUCUAGCCUCUAUCCUUCGGGCACCUGCGUUAGCGAUCCCGAGUAAGCAAAACCGACUACCUUUCUUCUGUUUUUGA